AGGUACUGGCCAGCAGCACCGGAGCUUCGCAUAGCUACACAGCAUCUCGAUACCUCAAGUCGCCUGGCACAGAAGCAAAAACUGGUGUCCGAGCAUGGCGGAAAAGAACUUUGCCGAGGCCGAGGAGGGCUCGUCGCCGCCCUUUGACGGCAUCGAGGAGCGCAAGCAAGACAGACUUGUCGAGGGCGGCGCCAUCCUCGGCAGCGAAAGCGACGUCGAGCAGUACGGCUACGUGAAGCGUGGCCUCAAGUCUCGGCACGUCCAGUUCAUCGCCCUCGGGGGCACCAUUGGCACGGGCCUGUUCCUGGGUAUAGGCAGCGCAUUCACGAAAGCCGGCCCGCUGUCGGUGCUUCUUGGCUACGCCUUCACUGGCCUUGCUAUCUUCGCCAUGAUGCAGUCCCUCGGCGAGAUGGCCACCUGGCUUCCCUUGCCCGGCGCUAUCCCCCAGUUCUGUGCUCGCUACGUUGACGACGCUCUGGGUUUUGCUGUUGGCUGGAACAACUGGUACGCUAGCGCCAUCACCAUCUGCGCCGAAAUCUCGGCCGCCGCUGUUGUCAUUGGCUACUGGGAGGGCGCUGCCGACAUCAACGUGGCCGUCUGGAUCAGCAUCUUGCUGAUCCUGGUCAUCGCCCUCAACAUCAUCGCCGUCGCCAUCUACGGAGAGGCCGAGUUCAUCUUCGCAUCUGUCAAGAUCAUCACCAUUGUCGGCCUCCUGAUCAUGGCCUUCAUCGUCGAUCUCGGCGGCAACCCCCACGGCGUGAGACUCGGGUUCGUCUACUGGAAGGAUGGCAACGCCAUGCUCGAGUACCAGUCCACGGGCGACCUCGGCCGCUUCCUCGGUCUCUUCUCCACCCUCAUCAACGCCGCCUUCUCGUACGGCGGCGUCGAGCUCGUGGCUGUGGCCGCCGGCGAGGCCGAGAACCCGCGCAAGAACAUCCCCAAGGCCGUCCGCCGCGUCUUCUGGCGCAUCCUGUUCUUCUACGUCCUCGGCUCGCUAGCCAUCGGCGUUCUCGUCUCGUCGUCGGACCCGCAUCUGCUGAGUGCUGAGGGCGCUGGUGCAGCCCGGUCCCCGUGGGUCAUUGGCAUCCAGAACGCCGGCAUUACCGUUCUCCCCUCCAUCAUCAACGCCGUCAUCCUGACCUCGGCCACGUCAUCCGCCAACGCCUUCCUCUACACGGGAUCCCGCUACCUGUACGCCCUCGCCCAGAACCGCCAGGCACCCCGCUUCUUCCUCACGUGCAGCGAGCGUGGCGUUCCCUACUAUGCAGUCGGUGGCACGGCAAUCAUUGGCCUGCUGACCUAUCUCUCUGUCCAGAGCGAUGGCGGUGCUGCUAAGGCGUUCGAGUGGUUCCAGAACAUCACAACCAUUGCCAGCUUGUUUACCUGGUGCUCCAUCUGCGUCGCGUACCUUCGAUUCUACAAGGCCCUCCACGCCCAGGGCAUCGACCGCGACACGCUCGUCUUCAAGAGCCCCUUUCAGCCCUACACGGCAUGGUUCUGCCUCGCCUUCUUUACCCUCAUCAUCAUCUUCAACGGCUUCGCCGUUUUCAUUGACGGCAACUGGGAUGUCUCUGAAUUCCUUGCUUCGUAUAUUGGGAUUCCCAUCUUUUUCUUUCUUUUUGCGUUCUGGAAGCUCUUCAAGCGCACGAAGUGGUUGUCGCCCACUGAGGCCGACAUUUUCACUGGCAAGGCCGCGCUCGACGCCGAGGAUGACCACUGGCCCGAUCAAAAGCCGCGGAACAUAUUUGAGAGAUUCUGGUUCUGGGUGGCAUAACGACGUGAGGACAAGGUGGCAUAGUGGCUCAAUUCAUACGA